AUGGAUCCUGGGUGGCAGCCUUAUCAAGAUCCUUUGAUGAGCCACCCUGCGCAGUUCAAUACUGCGUUGGCAUCUCAUCCCCAGCAAUUAGCCUCGAAAUACGGUCAGCCACCACAGUCACAGCCGCCCGUCGGAUACACGUACGAAACAUUCCAGACCCCCGUCACGACAUCUAAAGCCCCCUCGGCUGGCUCAAAUUCCAAAACUGUCUCCAUGGCGUCCUCCCCCACUGCCACGCCACGUACUCGGGAUUAUGUCACCGAUGCGGAUACUACCAUGGAGGACGCUGACCCGUACAACCGGGCAAAGUACCCCUCGAGGCCAAACCACAAUCGCGCCUCGUCACAAUUCUUGAAUCAAGCAGAAGAAUCAUCGGCUGCCCGCAGAUACUCCCCGGGGAAUGUUCUUUCGCCGCCGAUGUCAUAUCCCACUAGUCCUGGCAAGUCCCAAGGCUCCUAUGGAUUUCCAUCCGCGCCUCAGAAUGCUUCCCGUCGGUCUCCCGCGAGACCAGAAUAUGCAUCACCACCACAAGGAUAUCAAUCGCCGCCAUGUGAGUUCGAUCUCGGUCUCUUGUUCGGCCAUGUCCCGUUCGCUAAUAUCUCGACAGCCAACCGGCCCCCAAGACUCCCUCCCCUUCAAUCCGGCGACCUCAGCCCAGACCAAUACUACCCACCAUCCGCAUCUUCCCACAUGAGUCCAGGUUUUGGUCCAGGGGCGCGAUCUCCGCGAUCUGGCUCGCUGCCAUCUCAGGCCCCUCUAGUGCCCGGUCGCGGUCCCGUUCCCAAGUUCCAAAAGAUUCAGUCUGUCCAAGAACUGAAGCCGCGCAUGAAUAUACAGCCCGCAUAUCGGCGCGCCAAUCCAGAGGGUGGAUUUAUCAGUCCACUUCAAUCGUUGACAACCCACCUCCCGGCCACGUACCGCAUAUGCAACCCUGGCUUUAACUAUGAGUCUUCCAGAAACCCGCGACGGGUAUUGACCAAACCCAGCAAAGGGGUCAAGAAUGAUGGGUAUGACAACGAGGAUAGUGAUUAUAUCCUUUAUGUCAACGAUAUCCUUGGAAGCGAGGAAGCCGGUCACAAAAAUCGAUACCUCAUUCUCGACGUUCUAGGUCAAGGUACCUUCGGCCAAGUCGUGAAAUGCCAAAACUUGAAAUCGGGAGAAGUUGUGGCUGUCAAAGUCAUCAAGAACAAGACUGCCUACUUCAACCAGAGUAUGAUGGAAGUUUCUGUGUUGGAUCUCCUCAACAGCAAAUAUGACAAGAACGACGACCACCACCUGCUUCGCCUCAAGGAUACAUUCAUCCACCGUCAGCAUUUGUGUCUCGCAUUCGAACUACUGAGUGUGAAUCUUUAUGAGCUGAUCAAACAAAACCAAUUCCGUGGAUUGAGCACUACCCUUGUCCGGGUGUUUGCCCAGCAACUGCUGAAUGCCUUGAGCUUGUUGAACAAAGCGCAUCUGAUUCACUGUGAUUUGAAGCCGGAGAAUAUUCUCCUGAAAAACCUCGAGAGCCCGAUCAUCAAAGUCAUUGACUUUGGUUCUGCAUGCGAUGAACGCCAGACUGUCUACACCUACAUUCAAUCGCGAUUUUACCGAUCCCCAGAGGUACUAUUAGGUUUGCCCUACUCAUCUGCCAUUGACAUGUGGUCCCUUGGGUGUAUCGUGGUGGAGCUCUUCCUGGGUCUCCCCCUGUUCCCCGGCUCUUCGGAGUACAAUCAAGUUUGUCGGAUCGUCGAAAUGAUGGGUAUCCCGCCAACAUGGAUGCUAGAGAUGGGCAAGCAGUCGGGAGAGUUUUUCGAAAAGACACAGGAUGAGUUCGGAAGAAAGACGUACCGCCUCAAGAGCCUGGAGCAGUAUUCCCGAGAACACAACACGAAGGAACAACCGAGCAAGAAGUAUUUCUCAGCUUCAACGCUGGAGGAAAUUAUCCGAAGUUACCCAAUGCCUCGGAAGAACAUGAAGCAAGCAGAGGUUGAUCGAGAACUGAAUAAUCGGAUUGCAUUCAUCGACUUUGUGCGGGGACUCCUGUCAAUCAAUCCUCUCGAGCGAUGGUCACCCCAACAAGCCAAGCUGCACCCGUUCAUCACCCAGCAGAAGUUCACGGGGCCUUUCAUGCCCCCAAUGAACCUCAAGUAUUCGACGGCCACUAAACCGGCACCGGGGGUUCAACAGCAACAGCAGGCCGAAGCUGCUAGCAAACAAAGAGCAGCUCAGGCGGCGCAUGCGCAAAAUGCCUAUGCCGUGCAGAUGAACCAAUUUCAUACUCCACCUCAGCCCCAACCCCAGCCCCAGCCUCAAGCCCCGCCCAUGUACAAUGGCAUGUACCCACAAGGGGCGCCGCCUCCUCCAUACCCUACCCAGCAGUCCCCUGGCUACGGUCAUCAAAUGGGAAUGAUGCCAGGCAACCAGGUACCUCCUCAAAGUCUAUACGCACAGGCGACCACGCGAGCAGGCCGCCAACGAGCAUCCACCAUGGACCCCAACGGAGGAAUUCCCACUACCAUCCAACGAGUCGCUAGCCACCUGGAUCCCAACGCGCCGAUUCGAUUGCAGCCCAGCCCUGCGUAUUAUCCACCUCCUCCUGACGGGUACGUCGAUGCUAACGCCAGUCAGCGGCGCCGUGGGAGCCGAGCGGGUAAUGCGAAUGGGAACCAACGCAAUCGGGAUUUCAUUCGCACCCUUGAAGAUGGUGUGCUUAGCGAAGGAUACAUGGGUCAGAACCAAUGGCACUAG